AUGAAUGAACUAAUCGUAAACAUACAGAACAAAUGUAGGAGCAACAAAAGAUGUAAGUGCAGAGGGAACAAAAAAUAUCUCUCUGUGAGAUUUGGGAGAGUAAAAGAUACGAAUUUUGGGUAUUUCACCCAUGACAUCGGUAAGAUUCAUGUUAGGGAUAAUCCUAUUCGUACUGUAUUUUGGCAAAAUGUUGAACUUGAGAGGAUAGGGUAUGUUAGUUUGUUUGAUGAUUCAGCCUCUGUGACCGUCUUUUACAAUAGAAUCUACGAUAAUGAUCCAAACGCAAUAAAGAAGCCUCUUCUCAUAAGGUCUAAAGAUAAUGGUGAUAAAACGCAUUGGUUUGAAAAUAUUGGAGGCUAUGCUAAUAAAAGAUGGAGGGGAAUUGAUGAAGAAGUGGGAUCAAAAAAGUAUCCAAAAGAAGAUGACUACACUGGGGAAAAUAUAGACUUUGAGAAGAAGCUAGAGGCACUUUCGUGUAAAUUGUUUGUCGCUCAUAGGAUACACAUAGACUUUGAUCAGAAUACAGGCUACAGUAUUAAGUGCGACAUUUGUGGUGAACAAUUAGAGAUAAAAGUUAAUAAAUAUUCUGUUCAGGAUGCUGAAGGAUAUACAAAGUACGAUUAUAGUGGCACAUUUUCUGAGAAUUCUAUCCUUGUAUACAAUGGAAGACAACUCACCUUUCAGAAGCGGUCAAGAUAUAAGACGGGUUACUAUCUCCCAAUUCCAGUUGACAAAGAAAAUUUUAGUGGAGUAUCUGCAUAUUACUGGAAGGAAGAUAACCAGAAGAAAAAUCCUCUAUUGAUAGAAUUUGUAGGCAAAAAUUAUUUCUCUUAUUGGAUGGAGAAUAUUAGUAUUGCUGGAAAAGAUGGAAACUACAAACAUGACAAGUGGAGAGCCUUACCUUGGAUGCAUAACAAUCCCAAGGAUCUAAAGGAGAGACUUGAUCUUCUCAACUGCAUAUAUAAUGGAGUUGUUCAAAUUAAUCUUGGGAAAUUGGAAGACUGUCAUCCAAAGCGCCAUUUCCUACACAAGAACGUGAUAAAUCGUUUGUAUGAAGAAUCUAUUGGUACUUACCCGGUCCUUUACGCAUACAAGUACUGGUCAAUUAUGGGUAGUUUUAAACCACUCAUUAUAUCUGAAGUUACUGUUAAAGGUAAGCUCCAGGAAUUCAAGAGUACUCCUCUUCCAUUUAGGGACGUUAGGCUGCUGAGUGCAUUUGUAUCCCCUUGUGAUCCCAACAUACCUUUUCUCAUUUGCGUAGAAUAUCAAAACAUGACUCAUAAAUGGUACAAGAGAAACUCUGGGGACACUUGGGAGGAAUACACUAAAAUUUCUGGUAAACCUAAUGAUGUUAAAGCCAAACUUGGAGAUGUUUUGAAGGAAGUUAAGACAGACUUAACAUUAAAUGAAUGUGAUGUAAUAACCUCCGCAGAAAGUGCAAAGAUCAAAAUUACUCAUACUGUGGGAGAAGGAAAGUCCUUUUCGGAAUAUUUUGAUGAAUCGGGUCCUAAGAAGAUUCCUAUUAUUGUUUCAAAAUCUAGGGAUGAUCCCAUAUCUGGUUUCUUUAAGAAUAUCCACAAGGUAGCCACUAAGAGUAACAUUUUUGUUUUAAAUAAAAUGUUACAAGAUAGAGGUGAAAUAGUAGCAACCAAAAAGAUCAACGGUGUGCAAGGUGUUGAAGUUUAUUUUUGGCGGGGUAAUCCUACCGAACCAAUUCUGCUUGGGAUUACCACAAAAAACAAUACUCCACAGGGUAGUAGUACCUAUUAUGGUACUCUUGGUACACGUUGGGGUAAUGGUCAAGUAGAAAAGAUGGAAAAACAACAAGCUUUGGAUCACCAAAAUUGUAUGGUAAACAAAGCUAUACCUAUUGAGUUAACUGCUCCUACUGAUCUCGAACGAUUUAAAUCUCCUACAAACCGAUCCAGUUGUCUGAAUCGUAGAUCUUUAACUACAUCCGAUGCCAAACCUAACUUUCCAGAUGAUGCUAAAGGUGACUAUGAUUUAGAUGCAUACCAUAUUACUCCUAAUGAUACAAUGAUAUCUAGGGUUACUUAUGAGAACCAACCCACUGAUAUAGUUACUACUAAGGACUUCAUAUCUCAAAUAAGGAUAUACAAAUGGGAUAAAGAUCCCAAAAACGUUCCUCUUCUUGUAGAGUUUGUCAAGUCUAGUGGAGGUUUUAUAUUCUUCGAGAAUCUUGGUAAAACCGCAGAAUAUAAGGAAUGGAAAACACUUCAUGGGACAGUAACUAGAGAAUUUUAUAAGAAUAAUCUGUCAAAACUCACAGAUAAAUUCAUAGAGAGGCUGAACGAAGUAAAUUGCAAGAUUAAUGAGGUAGUUCAAUUGGAUAUCUCAGGAAAAGGUGGAGAAUACUGUCACGGUCUUCACGCUGGACAUGAAAAGAGAAUAAAGGUCACUAUAAAACAGGAGGAAUAUUCUGGUUUCAUAGGUUACGAACACGCUCCAGCUAAAGGCCAGAAAUUCCUCAAAGUAUCAUCAAUAUAUAAUGGGAAAACUAGACAACAAGUGACCGGUUUUGAUAUGCCUAAAGAAAUUUCAAAGGUGACUGUUUAUUUUCCAACUUGUGAUGGAGCUUCUCCAGUUUCCAUACGUGUUGAACAAAACAGAGGAGAGACGAAAUGGCUUAAGAAAAUAAAGGACAAUGAUUGGGAAGUCUGCACUGAUUUUGAAAGUAAGGGUAAUAAUGAAAUUGAAAUUGCUCUAGAAAAUGUAAAGAAUAGCAUAGCUGAUGCAUGUGGCCAGCGUCCUCCACCUCCAAGGUUUACAAGUCCAGACAAUUCUUCUACAUCUCAAGGAUCAAGAUACACCACUACAUCCGUGGAUAAUGGCAAAGAUGAUAAAUAUACUUGGAAAGAGAUACUGGACGAUGCCAAAAUUGUCUAUGAAGAGGAAAAAAAGAAAGAGAAACAAGACAGUAGUGUACGUAUUGAUAUACAAGAAGAACAUGAAGAUGAAGAAUUAAUAAAGGGGCAAAAUGAGGCCACAUUUAUGAGUGAUCCUGUUACUGUUGGUGGUGUCAAACUAAAUGUUGAUGGUAGUCCCCCUUCUACUACUACUCCUACCGGGCUUAGGCCUAACUCUGUUGGAGUUACUCUCAGCCUCAUCAUUGACAUAGAACAGAGUAUCGCUGGGAAAGGAAACAUUAAAAAAUACAAAGUAUCUCCUAUCAAUCAGGAAAUUAAAUUAGAGAGGGAUGAAAGACCAGAUGGUUCUGGAUUCUACAUGUUAACACACGAAUCACCUGAUGGGUUGUCUUUCAAGAUUGAGAACGUCAAACAUGGAGAUAAAACAAUAUCACUACAAUCUCUUGGAAUUGACCCCAAUGAAGAAAUCAUUCAUCUAGCAGUAUGGUAUUGGAAAGAGGAUAAGGGGCGGAAUAAGCCUCUCCUUAUAGAAGUGCUAAAGGAAGAUGGAAGCUAUAUAUAUGCCCAUAACACCGGUGAUCUUAAAUGGCAACAACUUUCCGAACAUCAGAAUAAAAAUUCUGAAUUAAUAGGUGAACUUCUUGAGCAGAAACUAGAUGAGCUCAAUUGCUACCAUAAUGGUGUUGUUACCAUGGAUCUUACGGAGGAUCACUCUAAGAAACAUAUAGAUAAUAACUAUUGUUGUAAGCAUCAUAGCAAUGGGAGAGCUAGUGUUACUAGCGACUCAGUUAACGCUAAUGGUAAGAGUGAUAGUCCAAUUCAUUACUACAAACAUGAUACCUCCGAUACAAGUACUCACUUAGCCAAAAUUAAGUACUACUCUACUGGAGGCCAGAAGAAUAGAAAAUAUAUAAGACCUCAUGGAUUUCAAUUUCCUACCAGUGGAGCGGUUACAGUUUAUGCUUUUUACUGUAAAGAUAAGGAUCCUGUUCUAAUUUACUUGGACUAUAAUGGUGGACAAAAUGAUGUUAAAGGAUGGUACAAAAAAGAUAAGACUAAUGUCAAUAAACCAUGGAUAAAAGUUUUAACUGGAGUUCUUGAUCCAAAUAAUAUCAAAUACUGUAAGGAUAAAUUCAAUGAACUUGUGGAGGUACUAAAAGAGUUUGGAUGUGAUUACUAUAAAACAUGCAAUGAUGAUUCUCCAUCAAUGGCUCAAGUUAAACUGGAACAAAGCCCUGGAGUUACCAUUCAACUCUCAAAAAACAAAGAUACUAAUGUAAAACAAAUCACUAGUACUUAUGAAGAUCCUACGGGAAAGAAAAGUAUUAAAAUCACAAGAUCUCCCUAUCCUCCUGGUCCUCUAAAAGGAUCUCAGGACUUCUUAAAGUUUAUCCAUAUCCAAGCUGGACCAUCAUUCAAGCUUAAGGAAGUGCAAGAUAAUCAGAACAAUAACAUAAAUAUCCAUGAGUACGCCAAAGUGUCCUCAGUUUCUUCCUAUUACUGGAAGGACGACCAAGAUGUUGAUGAGACUAAUAAGAAUCCACUAUUGAUUGAGAUAGACAAUAGCGGUGAUUUUAAGUACUAUGAGAAUAGAGGGAACUCAUGGAGUAAAUAUGAUCCUCCACCAGUAUAUGUGGAUUCAUCAGGAAAACUGAAGGAGAUUCAACUCCUCCAGAAACUAAUUUCGCUCAAUUGUGAGAUAAAUGAUGUCGUUCAAAUAGAUGUCUCCGAGAUUUCUAACUAUUGUCAUUAUGGACACAGUACUAAGAAAGUCAAGGUUGAAAAAAUGUAUGAAGGAAAUCUUGGAAAUUAUGUUGCCUAUACUCAUAUUCCAGAUACUGGAGCAAAGUUUAGCAUAUCUUCCUUCAAGAAUAACUAUGAUCCUAUGACACUUAAGGAUAUUAGCAAACAUAUGCCUAUUAAGGGGGUUGACAGGGUCAUUGUGUACGCAUGUAAUGAGGGGUUUUACGAUCCCCUUCUCAUCUACAUACAAUCCAAUGAUCCAAAGAUUAGUGAUAAGUGGUUUAAAAAACCUGGUAAGGAUACUGAGUGGACAAAAGUAAAAUCUCCACAAGAUGACCAGGCUUAUGAAACUAUAGUUGGCUUGCUUGAUGGUAUCGAUAGUACUUGUGCUCCGCCGUCGGUAAUUUUAGACAUUUAUCAGAGAGGAUAUCAUACUAGUAAGAGGUUUUUUUAUGAAGAUGCGAAUGCUCAGCCAUGUAAACAGAACAUAUCGGUUAUACCAAAGUCUAACCCACUUGGCGUGAAGGACUUUACUGAAUGUAUUCACACAAUAUCCGGUAGGAAUAGCUACUUCACGGUUAAGAAGUUCAAAUGUGGCGAAAAUGAGAUUAUAUGUGGGUUGGAAAAAACUGAAAAUGUUACUCAGGUUUCUGUCUUUUACUGGACUCCUCUAGAAGCGCCUGCUAGAAUGGAUGAGAAUAGGGGCAGACCUCUUCUUGUAAAAGUUACUCAGCAUUAUCCCAGUGGAAUAACUAUACAAAAGUGGUAUGAAAACAUUGAUCCUGAUGAAAAUAAAAAUUGGCAACUUAUUAGUGAUCCAACAGAGAAUCUUGAGUCUAAACUCCACCUUCUCAACUGUAAACUCAAUCAUGCAGUUAUAGUUGAUAUCAGUAAGCAUGAUACUAUUUAUGAUGCUUGCGAUAAUGGAUUAGACUUUCUUCAUGAGUAUAAGAUGCAAGUUUCUAAGGAUACUCCUGGCAGUAAAGUUCUAUCGUAUUAUGAUUCUUAUACUCACACCCUCAACAAAAGCUCAUAUAGUAUCAAGUUUCAUAUAGUAGGAUUUGUUAAUUCUGUAACUCCUCUUAGUAGACUACCUAGUAACAUUCUUGACGUGAAAGAAGUAAAAGUAUAUAGAUGUGAUAAGGAUAAUAAAUCUCUUAUGGUAUAUAUAGAUUCUUCAACUAUUAACAAUAGUGAUAAAUGGUACAAGAACACCAGUGGAGGAACUCCUGGUCAUUGGAUUAUUGUAGGAGAUGAUUUAGCUAGUAGUGUUACUGAUGAUACCAAUCAGUACGAAAAAAUUCUCAAUGUACUCAAUAGUCUUGAUAGUAGCUGUAACCCUGCUACUCCUGAAACUUCUGCUAAACUUACCGGUCUUGAACUUGCUACGGGUUCUGCACUAGCUGGAUACGUCUCUUCAGGUGUCUUUACUGGAGCUGGUGGUCUUACUGGACUCGGUUGGUGGGCAUUUAAACGUUCUAAAGGAGAUCCCUGGGUUAGACAGAUUUAA